AUGGCCUCGUCCGUCUUCUCCCCGCUCUUCACCUCGCUCCGGCUGCCCGUACCCACCGUCAUAUCGCGCUGUACUUCUUCGCUGCAGGGCGCGCCGUCGACGGUCCACGACGCCGUCCCUCGCCCGCCGCCUCUUGUGGCGGUCGCUAGCCACAGGAGGGAGUUGGUGCUAGGCGCGGCGCUGAGCGCGGUGCUGUCGAGGGGGCCGCUGCCGCCGGCCCAGGCGCGUGAGGUCGAGGUCGGCACGUACCUGCCGGCGGCGCCGGCCAACCCGGGCUUCGUCUUCUUCCGCGCCACCCCCAAGGACACCCCCGCGCUCCGCGCCGGCAAUGUGGAGCCGUACGAGUUCAUCCUGCCGCCGACCUGGAAGCAGACGCGCGUGGCCAACAUCCUGUCCGGGAACUACUGCCAGCCCAAGUGCGCCGAGCCGUGGGUGGAGGUGAAGUUCGAGGACGAGAAGCAAGGCAAGGUGCAGGUGGUGGCGUCGCCGCUCAUCCGCCUCACCAACAAGCCCAACGCCACGAUCGAGGACAUCGGCAGCCCCGAGAGGCUGAUCGCCUCGCUGGGGCCUUUCGUCACCGGCAACACCUUCGACUCCGACGAGCUCGUCGACACCAACGUCGAGAACGUCGACGGCCAGACUUACUACAGCUACGCGCUGGAGACUCCAUUGGCGCUGACGGGUUCGCACAACCUGGCCAAGGCCACCGCCAAGGGGAACACGGUGGUGCUGUUCGUCGCGAGCGCCAACGACAAGCAGUGGCCGGCGUCGCAGAAGGUUCUGAAAGCCAUAGUGGACUCGUUUCAAGUAUGA